UUUCCUGUCUGAGGUCGGCUGCCUGCGAAAGAAACUCACGAUGAAGAGAAGUCAUUUUGGUCGCGUUUUUAUCCUGACCGUAGUCUUGUCUGCAUCAGCAAGCGUAGCUUCAGGCGAGCGUUGGGUGUGGGCCGACCAGCGAUCUGAGCGACAGGUUGAUCCAUCCAACCGCCCUUCCUCGCUCCCUCCAUUGGCUCGUACAGCUCCUGCUGGAAGGUCUUCCAGCCUAGCCCCAUCCGCAUCCUCCCUACACACGAUACCUGCAGCUCUGAGAUCUUCCUCCUUCAGUGUAGCCAGAGACCUGCCUCUACAGGAACCUCUCAGCUUCCGUCCGCUGGCUAUCGAUAUCUCAACAUUGCCUCUGGAGAGCCCAGGGCAUAGUGACUCCUUGGACGGUCUCGAACACCCUCCUCCGGUGUCUUCGGUGUUGAGAGAUGAUCUGGCACAAGAUCUGAGCGCAGGCCUUCAGAUCUCCGGCUCCGGCUUCGGCUUCAGCAAGACCAUGAAGGUCUCUGAACUUGGGCGGGGGACACCAUCUCCUUUGAGACAAUCCAGGAUCAAUAGCAAGGAAGCUGUCGUCUUAUCUCCAAGCAUCUCCGAGGUUCCGCUCCAGGCCUCCGCCUCCUUCAGAGACGGGGUAACGAGAGGUCAAAUCACCUUUCCAUCGCCUGUUGGAGUGCGGUCGUUCAAACAGCAAUCGUCGGGACGAUCAGUGACAUUCCCGCAGAAAGUAGUCGACGUGGAUGACACCAGAAUCAGAAGCAGUCGUCUCCUGUCGGAGGCUAAGCAUCAGCGCCUACCCAACACACCUUCAAUUUCAAGUGCCACUCCAGUAUCUACUCACACAAAUAUUCAGGGCGACUUACCCUUGCUGAGAGUUGGCAGUGUUGAAGGAACGAAUAUCUUCAAGGUUCUUGAAGCACUGCAGAAAGAAUCCACACAUGUAAGCAACAAGGCCUUCAAUCCUUCAAUCUUUCAAAGGCAGAAGCAGAUAGCAAACGAUAACACCGUUCUGUCAUCAUCCAGUGAUCCAUUUAUCCUCUCGAAGCAAAUUGAAAGUCUUAAUCCGAGUGCAGAUCAAAAUCCGAUCAAUGCAGUAAAUCCCCCACAGCUCGGAGGGCUGCUGACAUCCGCUGACUCUUCUGUCAUUUUCCCGGUCAAGAUUUCGCUUCCCAAAGCAGAUCUUCGACCAAGAUCAAGUUCCCUGGAGACCGCGACGACCUUCAAGCUCGACAAAUCUACGCUAGCACGUAAACCGGAACUUUCAAAGUUUAAAUCUUUCGCCUUGUUCUUCAAGAAGCCCUCGGGUCUGAAGAAGGAGCGACGGGCAUCGCCUCAUGCCUGGGUUUGGCCUGACAAAACGACUAACAUCCGCUUCCCUGACCUCUCCAGUGAGAGAUCUACGUUAUCUGUUUAAGUCCAAAUACAGGAAAUUCGAACUCAGAUAUUCAGUAAAAUGUUUGUGUACAGUAUUGUGUUCUCUUGGAUAAUACUUCUUACACAAUCGAAAUUUGAUAUUGAUAGAAUUUUUAGAAUAUAUCCGUGAGAAUGUUUAUGCAAUGCUGAAACUAAUUUAUGAAACACUGUAGUCAAAAUGUAGAACUGAAACUCAUAUAAAAG